AUCGCCUCCAAGUAUACGAGCUCCUCUGAAUGGAGUAGUGCUGUUUGCUGAAGCUUUUGCGAAUUUCAUGUUCUGCACGACAUGGAAGAAAACAACGACACGUCCUUCUUAUUCCAGAACGACAGUGAUUUAGAUCACCAAACCGACAAUGUGACUUUACACGUGAAGGUCCCGCUGAGUUAUCAGAUUUCCACAUCUUUGCUGAUCGGCGCACUGAUUUUAUGUUCCAUAUUUGGAAACGCGUGUGUUGUGGCGGCUAUCGCGUUGGAAAGAUCUCUGCAAAAUGUUGCCAACUACCUGAUCGGAUCUCUCGCCGUGACGGACCUGAUGGUGUCGGUGCUCGUGUUGCCGAUGGCUGCUCUUUACCAAGUUUUAGACAAGUGGACACUUGGACAGGUAACUUGUGAUAUUUUUAUUUCUUUAGACAUUUUAUGUUGCACAUCUUCCAUUCUGCACCUGUGCGCUAUAGCUUUGGAUAGAUACUGGGCGAUCACCGACCCUAUAGACUACAUGAAGAAAAGGACAUUAAAACGCGCAGCUCUGCUGAUCACCGUCACCUGGUUUGUCGGCUUUUCGAUAUCAAUUCCACCCAUGCUGAUCAUGAAGUCUCAACCCAAGAGUAGAGCUGAAGACAUGGCCAACCCUGAAGCUUGCAUGAUCAGCCACGACCCCUGGUACACCAUUUAUUCCACCUUUUGCGCAUUUUACAUCCCUCUGAUUCUCAUGUUGGUCUUGUAUGGACGCAUAUUCAAAGCUGCAAGAUUUCGCAUUCGCAAAACUGUUCGCAAACCUGAGAAAAAGAGGGUCAAGUGUUUGACUGUGUCGCCUGCACUUUUCAAGCGUGCCAACGGAGAGUUGAGCAAAAACUGGAAAAGCGCAGUCGAACCCAAGCCCGCCGCGUGCGUAAACGGUGCGAUCAAGCACGCGGAGGACGGCGAGUCUUUGGAGAUCAUCGAGGUUCACAGCAACUCCAAAAACAACCUGCCUUUGCCCAACACACCAAACUCUGUCCCUCUGUUCGAGAACAAACACGAGAAAAACACUGAGGCGAAGAGGAAGCUCGCCUUGGCACGCGAGCGCAAGACAGUGAAGACUCUAGGCAUUAUAAUGGGCACUUUCAUUCUAUGUUGGCUGCCAUUCUUCAUCAAAGCGCUUGUGAUGCCUUUUUGUCCAUCUUGUGUAAUGCCUUUGUGGCUCCAAGACGUCAUUAACUGGCUCGGCUAUUCAAACUCGCUUUUGAAUCCCAUAAUUUACGCAUACUUUAAUAAAGACUUCCAGAGCGCGUUCAAGAAAAUCAUCAAAUGCCAUUUUUGCAGGCCGUGAACGCACGGUAUUUUCAGCUCUAACUGUCAGAAACACAGCACUGAUUGCUCAGAAGAAAUAGUGGUGUAUUUUAACAGCACUGAAAACGUCCUCUUUAGUACCGUUAUAAGUAUGAUUUUACAUAUCAGAUGUAUAUGCUAUAACACCAGGUUACAUAAUGUGUACUGAAAAUGUUUAUUUCAUGUCUAUGACAAACACAGAUCAUGUCCAUGAUGUGGAAA